AUGUUGGAAUGGUCUCUGGUUGGGGAGGUUGUUUUUAUAAUCAGCUUGAUUCUACUUUACGUUUUGGUGCUUCUGAUCACCGGACGCUAUUCCAUGAGGUUGUAUGUCGCCUACAAUUGCACUUAUAUUUUCGGAAUGUUGCUCGCUCUGCAACUUCGCUUUGUCGAAUUUCAGCAUGUGCAGUCUGGCGAGCAUAUGGUUGCGAUGGGCCUCUUCUUCUUUAUGCAGGUCAGGCAGGCACCUACUGAGUGA